GUCCCAUUCCCAUCCUCCGCCCAUGCAGACGGUCCCGCCCCGGCCUGCGUGCGCCGCCGCCGACCCGCACUCUGACCGGCGGAGUCGCCGCCGCGGGAGAGAGGAACCACCCCCGCCGCCUCCAUUGCCAGGAUGACAGCCAAACACUACCUGCCUGUGCUUAUCAAUCAGCUUGUCCUCUUUAUUGUACUAUCAUGCUGUGCUGAUAUAUCGGCAACACAAAGCAGCCACACUCCACGGCUACAAAGUAAAGAAUUUAUCAGGGAAGAUGAAGCUCUCAGUUUCUUGGGACGUCGUCUUCUAUACAAUCAGUGGGAUUUUGAGAUCUUCAACCAAGGAAACCUUGAAAGAGAGUGUUACGAAGAGAUUUGUAACUAUGAAGAAGCACGAGAGGUUUUUGAAGAUGAUAAGAAAACAGUUAACUUUUGGAAAGAAUACACAACAAAGGGCCCUUAUGCUCAGUCAGGAGUUACAUCUGAUAUUACUACAAUUCUGACAGCCUUCUUUGGCACUAUGAUAUUUGUAAUUGCAUUGGGAUUGUUCUUCUGGUAUUAUUGGAAGUACAGAUCUAAAGCUCGAAAUAGGACGAGGAGGACUGAAGAAAAUAGCAUUAGCCUUAUGCCCAUUCCUGAAAACACAAAGCCAACUCUACCUUCCUAUGAGCAAGCACUUGUGGCGACUGGGCAACAUGAUGCUCCUCCACCUCCCUACCAGCGGUCAUCUUCUGCUUCCUGAAAAUCCCAUCGCUUCAGAACAUGAAUAGACAAAUUAGACUUGAUUUUUUAAAAUGACACUAAUAGUAAACAUUUAUAUUCAGUGGGUAUUUUAAUAAUGAAACAUGCACUAUAAAAUUAAAUUAAUUAUUGUUUGUAUUUUGAAUAUGUGAUAUUUGUAUGAUAUUAAUCUAUGUGGAUGUAAAAUUCUUCAGAAAUGAUACAAAA